AUGUCAUCAUUUGAGCCAAAUAGCGGUCGCCUUAGUAGCUCUGCAGAGGAGCUGCUGUCCUACCUGUUCUACCAGACCCAUCUUGAAAAUCACUUAGCUGGUAUUGAGUAUAGACAGCGGAUGUUGGAACACUGGAAGAUACCUUCUGGCUCUAGUGUUCUUGAAAUCGGAUGUGGCCAGGGAGAAUUCACUGUCUGCCUCGCUGACGCGGUUGGACCAGCUGGUAGAGUCGUUGCUGUUGACCCAGCGCCUGCUGGUUGGGGAACGCCCUGUGUAAUCGAAUCUCAGAAACACCUCGCAGCUUCCCCCAUUGGCGGUUGUAUCACAUUCAUCAACGAUACUGCCCCAAACUAUGUGGCAUCCCUCAGACAGGACACGCCACGGUUCGACUAUGUUCUCUUGGGUCAUUGUGUGUGGUUCUUUGAGAAGCCACAUAUGCUUCAAGAGCUAAUGGAGACACUACAACCAUGGGCACGAUCCGUUCUCAUUGCUGAAUUCAGCUUCUCAACCUCUAUACCCGCGGCCUUUCCUCAUGUGCUAGCGGCGCAAUACAACAGCACUGUAGAAGCGUUGUUGGGCGAUCGUGCAGAAUGGAACAUACGUUCGCCAUUAACACCAAGUCAAAUGACACAAGCAGGUGAGAGGGCUGGAUUCAGACUGGACUCGCACAAGACCAUGACGCCUGGUGAAAAGAACCGUGAAGGCUCACGGGAGGUCCGAAUGUUGCUCAAGGCUAAAGAAUUCGAGGAUGAACGGCAACUUGUAGAGCAGCGUCAUGGUCCACGCAUCGCACUGAUGUUGAAUGGUCUAAAGGAUGCUGUUGCUGAGAGCGUCGAACGGUUGGGCGGUGGUGGCAUUGAAGCAGUUAGAAAUAUGGAUGUCUGGCUUGCAAAAUUUGAUGUAAUAAGUAAAGCCGUGUGA